AUGCCGGGGGGGGACGCAGCGCUCCCCGCCUGCUUCGCGGGGCUGGGCACGGGCAGCCCACGGCCGCGGCAGAAGCGGGGGGGGAUGUUCUGCAGUGUGGAGGACGCCUUCGACAACAAGACCCUGAACUUCGCCUCGCUCGGUGCCUCCGGACCCGGGACACCCUCGGCCAGGACCCGCCGCGACCCCGACCCCUGCCCCGGCCCCGUCGCACCGGCCCCGGCGGAGCUUAAAGUGUCAUCUAAAUAAAGUGACCUCUAAAAUCUGUGGGUUUCUUCCCUUUAGAGUGACCAACUUCUGAUCAAAGGAGGAAAAAUUGUCAAUGACGAUCAGUCAUUUUAUGCCGACAUCUAUGUGGAAGAUGGUUUAAUAAAACAGAUUGGGGAAAACCUGAUGGUUCCUGGUGAUGUGAAGACCAUUGAUGCCUAUGGCCAGCUGGUGCUGCCGGGGGGCAUAGACGUGCACACCCGGCUGCAGACACCCGUCAUGGGGCUCACCCCUGCUGAUGACUUCUACCAAGGGACACAAGCGGCCCUGGCAGGAGGCACCACUAUGAUCAUUGACCACGUGUGCCCGGACGCCGGCACCAGUCUGGUUGCUGCCUACGAGCGCUGGCGCGGGAGCGCGGGGGGCCAGGCCUGCUGUGACUACUCCCUGCACAUGGACAUCCCGCGCUGGCACGAGAGCCUGCGCGAGGAGAUGGAGGCGCUCGUGAAGGACAAGGGUGUGAACUCCUUCCUGGUGUUCAUGGCCUACAAAGACAAACUGCAGUGCACCGAUGCCCAGAUGUAUGAAAUAUUCUGCACUAUCCGGGACCUGGGGGCCAUUGCCCAAGUGCACGCUGAGAACGGAGACAUCAUCGAUGAGGAGCAGAAGAGGCUGCUGGAACUCGGGAUCACCGGUCCGGAAGGACACGUCCUGAGCCGCCCCGAGGAGGUGGAAGCGGAGGCAGUGUACCGGGCCAUUACCAUCGCCAAACAGGCCAACUGCCCCUUGUACAUCACCAAAGUCAUGAGCAAAGCGGCAGCGGAUGUCUUGGCACAAGCAAAGAGGAAAGGCACGGUUGUGUAUGGAGAGCCCAUCACCGCCAGCCUGGGCACCGACGGCUCACACUACUGGAGUAAGAACUGGGCCAAAGCCGCAGCCUUUGUCACAUCUCCCCCCAUCAGCCCUGACCCCAGCACACCAGAGCAUCUCUCCUCACUGCUGUCCUGCGGGGACCUGCAGGUUGCCGGCAGCGCUCACUGUACCUUCACCACCGCACAGAAGGCUGUGGGGAAGGACAACUUCACCCUCAUCCCCGAGGGCACCAACGGCAUCGAGGAGCGGAUGUCCAUCAUCUGGGAGAAGUGUGUGGUCUCAGGGAAGAUGGAUGAGAACGGGUUUGUGGCAGUGACCAGUACCAAUGCUGCCAAGAUCUUCAACUGCUACCCCAGGAAGGGGCGCAUUGCCCUGGGUGCUGAUGCAGACCUGGUGCUGUGGAACCCCAAGGCCACGAGGAUCAUCUCAGCGAAGACCCACAAUCUGAACGUGGAGUACAACAUAUUUGAAGGCACAGAGUGUCAUGGAGCUCCUACCGUGGUCAUAAGUCAGGGCAGAGUUGUUCUUGAAGACGGAAACCUGUGUGUCACCCAGGGCUCGGGUCGCUUCAUUCCCAGAAAGACAUUCCCUGAUUUUGUUUAUAAAAGGAUAAAGGCAAGGAACAGGCUGGCAGAGAUCCAUGGCGUCCCGCGCGGGCUCUAUGAUGGACCAGUCCAUGAGGUCCUCACCAGCACCAGAGCCAUGGCCCCCACGUCAGCAGCCAGGAUCACAUCGUGUGCGGGCAAAGCCCCAGCCCCUGCCGUGCGCAACCUGCACCAGUCGGGGUUCAGCCUCUCAGGCUCGCAGGCAGACGACCACAUCGCCCGGCGCACGGCUCAGAAGAUCAUGGCACCGCCGGGAGGCCGCUCCAACAUCACCUCCCUGUCCUGACGGGAGCUGGGGCCGCGCUCCCCCCUGUGCCACCGCUGCCGGG